UUAGGUAGUAAGACAUUCGGGAGAACCGUAGAGAAGUUUCAUGUUUCCUGGAUGGGGAGAGGUUGGUGAGGUCUGGACUGUGCGCCGUCAAACAGGUGCGGGCGAGUUUGUGUGUUGGGCAGUUGUGAUCGAUUUCCAAGAAUCGGGCUACGUGUAGGGAGCUUACUGAGGCUGUUGGCGAGGUGGAUGGACGGGCUGGCUUGGAGUGAUGUGGUAGAUGAGGUGUUGGUGGCCAGCAUGGGGGAGCCGAUGUGGGUGGGUAGCGGGAGGAGUGGUGGUGUGGAGGAGGUGUUAUCACCGGAUAUAGGGACGAACGGGAGCGGCGUCUGUCUUGUUCUGCUCCUCUGCGCGAUGUCUGGCUCAGUUGUCAGUGCACUCCUUCUGUUGCUGUUCGCCGUGCCAGGGGUCCUGGUAGGUUCGUCUGGGAACAUGAUCCCAGCAAAUCUUGCAGCGAAUGGGAUGCUCUUCAGCGGCGAUCUUCAUGAUACUCGCUUAGGACGCGAGUUUGAGUUCAUGGGCGCCGUUACGAAUCACCAGAUUCGCCAUUACGAAAUCGAUGCUCGUGGGGAGUUGGUUUUGCGCUUGGUGGUGGGGCUGGGUUAUGCGAAAGAGUUCCUUCACGAGGUUAUUAUGUAUGUGACGAACGUUCAUGAGGAUGUCCCAGAUGCUCACGUCGGCGCGGGAGAAGACAUCGUUGAGUCUAUGAUGGAACCCGUCAUUGCAACAACUGUCAAAGCUGAAGAGACCAUCUUCAUGGACACGGAGGACAUUUGGAAGGGUUUUGCAGAAGGUGGAAAGGAACGAAGGUCAGUUGAACAAGAGACCAGCGGAGCAGGAGGGAACACCACAGAGUGUGCAGAGGUGUUUGCCACAAUAUAUGCACAGACUGCAGAUAUGGUGGGUCAUGCUGAUGAUACAGAGAAUGAUGCAGAAGAAAGCACUUGUGAGACAGAGAAGGUGGGGGAAAAGAGAGAGGCGGGAGAUGUGGGAAGCAGGGAACCUCUCACGGGAUAUAUCAUCAGAGAUGAAAAUGUGAUCAAGACAUCAGCAGGAGAACAAUACCGAUAUGACAUCAAUUGGGUGUCGGGUCAUGUUCAACUAGGUAUUGUUGGAGGCAGACCGUGUUUUGCGUUCAAGGUCGAUGGCACAAGGGUUCCAUUUCCAACCCCUAUGAAGAGAACAUGGCGAAACAUAACUCUCGCAUUUGUGUAUGACAGAGUAUCGAGGUUGAACGACGGGGCAACGACACAGGAGAAAGGACGAUAUACAUUAGAAAUGUGGUAUGUUCUGGAGGCACAAGGCGAGUUCCGCCUGAACGAUUUUUUAUAUGACACUUUUGACUGCGGACAGCCAUUGGUGAUUGGUGACAACCAAGCGGCAGGGAGUAUGACAUGCCAAGAGAUCGACGCAAGGAAGGAUCCUUGGUGGGGUUGGGUGUCAUCUGCGAUCCCAUUUCCAUAUGGUCGUAUGAGGAUGAUGAUGCGUGAUGCGAUGAGAAAUGCUGCUCUCAAAGAAGUCAUGAAGUAUGCAGAGCAGGACAUUCACUACGAGAAUAACAGGGAGUUGUGUAUGAUUGAGGGAAGAGUGUCGAGUUACUUCAUUGCCAAUGUGGAUAUGAGAUCCACGGUGAUGGCAAACGGCGAGGGGUGUGUCAAAGCGCAAACACUAUUGCAACACUUUCAACAGUCACCAGAUUUGCGCGUGGACAAUGACGUGGGAGACAAUGCGUACAACCUCAAAGGAGUAGUUCAGUGGAUGUGUAACGAAGAGAUGUGCGAAGAAGGGUAUGUGGACAUGGCAAUGCAUCAGAAAGGGGGAAGAUAUACACCUGCAGAUUUUAAAAAGUUGUUGGGCACUUCGGCGAAGAAUUCGGGAUUGGUUGUUGAAGGGUCGAAGGACGAGCUGAAGACCGGUGCAGCGGAAAUUUUACUGCUCUCUGGGAUGAAGGAUAUAACACAAACACCUCCUGAAAACUUUCAAGAUGUUUCUGUCAUAGUCGCAGAUGGUGUGGAAUAUGUUUUGUUAGAUCAACUUGUGGACUUCCUGAAAAAGAGUCCCGAGGACAGGAACGUCAUCCAUGAGGCAUUGCAUGAAGUCACAGAGUUGGCACUGUAGGGAGAACAGUUAAUCGAAUAUAUGCCGACAAGAAAGGAAGACAACAUGAUAUGUGGCACGUCAUUGUGGGAGGGGAUAUUCAUAGCAGCAUUGGAGCAGCUCGGCCAUGUCGGUUCCGAUGUUGAGGGAAAAAGAAAACGAGAAGAAGGGUGAAAGUUGAUGGUCAGGAAAGCAAAUCUUGCAGUUAUUCUACAUGACAAACAAACAUCAGGCACAAGA